GCGGUUCAAAGUGCAUGUUGUGUUGUUAAUUCUCUGUUGGCAAGAUGUCGGGCCACGACCAGCUGGUCCUCUGCUUGUGUGAAUUAACUCGGUUGCUGUGGAAGUUACUGUUGCCCCUGGUGUUUUUGUGCGUGCUCCUGGUCGCCGUCCUGGUCCUGCUGGUGCUGGGUGUGCGCCUGUGGCUGCAGACCAACAGGAACGCACGGCGGGCGAGAGACGGCCGUCCCACCGUGGCCUUCUUCCACCCUUACUGCAACGCUGGCGGCGGGGGAGAGAGGGUGCUCUGGUGUGCCAUCAGGGCGCUGCAGAACAGGUACGCCGACGUCAACUUUGUGGUGUACACGGGUGACCAUGGCGUAACGGGCCAGCGGAUUCUGGAAGGGGCCCGGCGCCGCUUCAACAUCGUGCUCCCCCGGCCGGUUCAGUUUGUCUUCCUGCAGCACCGGCUGCUGGUGGAGCCCAGCCUGUUCCCCCACUUCACCCUGCUGGGCCAGAGCGUCGGCUCCAUCUUCCUGGGAUGGGAGGCGCUCACCGAGUUUGUGCCGGACCUGUACAUCGACUCCAUGGGCUACGCCUUCACCCUGCCCCUCUUCCGCUACCUGGGCGGCUGCAGCGUGGGGAGUUACGUCCACUAUCCCACCAUCAGCACGGACAUGCUGUCUGUGGUGAGGGAGAGGAACCCGAGGUUCAACAACGCCGACUACAUCUCCAACAACUUGUUCUUGAGUGCCUUCAAGGUGGUCUACUACUGCCUGUUCGCCCUGCUGUAUGGCAUGGCCGGCUCCUGCAGUGACCUCGUCAUGGUCAACUCCUCCUGGACGCUUGACCACAUCCUGUCGCUGUGGCGCGCUCCCAACCGCACCAGCGUGGUCUACCCGCCCUGCGACGUCAGCGCCUUCCUCGAUAUCCCGCUGGAAGAGGACGGAGACAGGAAGUGCCAUUCCAUCGUUUCUAUCGGGCAGUUCAGGCCCGAGAAGGACCACCGUCUGCAGAUCAGGGCUUUCAAGAAGCUGCUCGACAAGAGAGGGGGGAGCCAAGGGGGCCGGGGGGCGCUCAGGCUGGUUCUGAUCGGAGGAUGCAGGAACCAGGAGGACGAGGACAGGGUGCUGAUGCUGAGGGGGCUGUGCCAGGAACUGGGUGUCGCUGACCGGGUGGAGUUUAAACUGAACGUCCCAUUCGAGGAGCUGAAGAGAGAGCUGGGGGAAGCCACCAUCGGCCUGCACACCAUGUGGAACGAACACUUUGGAAUAGGUGUGGUGGAGUGUAUGGCUGCAGGGAAGGUCAUUCUGGCCCACAAGUCCGGUGGGCCCAAGCUGGACAUCGUGGUGCCCUUUGAAGGGGGCCAGACGGGCUUCCUGGCCGACGAUGAGGACAGCUACGCGGAGGCCAUGGAGAGGAUCCUGGCUCUGUCACCCGACAGCAGGCUGCAGAUCAGACGCAGCGCCCGCCAGUCGGUGGCUCGCUUCUCCGACCAGGAGUUUGAAGCCUGCUUCCUGGCCGCCAUGGAGCCGCUGCUGGGAACACUUGAACGAUGAGGAGGGUACUCCUCACCUUCCCUGUGUGUGUGUGUGUGUGUGUUUGUGUGUGUUGUUAACCUGUGGCGGACAUCUCAAGCACCACUGUACUAUCAGAUGCACUUAAACAGGACACAGGCUGCACUUACACAGCAGGACAAGUGACAAAAUCAAAAUUUGGCCAGGCAGCUCAAACACUGAUCAGAUGUGUCCAUCCGGGGGAAUGUAAAAUAGCUAACUGAUUUUUAACUCAUUUAUUAAAACAUUGCCAAUACAGAUCCACCCCUUUAGUUCAGCUGUAGAAUGAUUCUUAAAAGGAAAAAGACAGUCCACUUGAUCUUUAUGUAGGCACUUGCUUCUCUUAAGAUCCUUGAAAAAUCAAAUGUGACCCUUUUAAAAUAAGUCACAUGGCCCAGAAUCAGUGUUUUUUUUUUUUUUUUUUUUUAAAUUAACACCUAAUCUAAUUAUAUUUGUAGUGACAGCAAUGAAAAUAUAAGAUCUCAGCUUCAUUUGGGAGUGUGUAAAUCCAGAUAUUGUCCCAUGAAAUGACAUUUCAAGCUUUGUUUCCAGUGAUAAAUGUAGUUUGUUACACUGUUGAAUCCCCUCUUUUUGUACAGGAUGCAUUCCAUCUUUGUUUGUCUGUAGUGCCAGUUUGUUUGAAAAUAUUCUUAUGGAGAAAUGGAUCAAUGAAGGGAUUUGGGGGAACAAAUGAGCCCUCCACAGUGGAUCUGGUGAAACAAAGACGGCUCUCUUGAAUAACAUGUUGAAAGACUCAUUGCAAUAUUGUACACUGAUAUUGUUACUUCAUUUAUUGUUUACAAGAACCAAAAUCAAUGCUCUGCAUACCCAAAAUGUGAAGUAUUUUUGAUACUGAUGAUGAAUGUAAUAAAGAUAUAAUGGGGAUGGGGAAAAUUUGUUGUUAACAGCACAGUGAUGAUCGUUCAAUAAAAGUUGACCCGUCGCUGUACUUGUAAA